AUGGAUGAAUAUACCCCGGACGCCCUGGUGAACCGUGACGAUCCUGUUCCCAUGAUGGACUUGAAGAAGCCGAGGCGCGAGAGGAGCGGCUCUCCAGACAGCGCACAUUCGCGAUCAUCGUCGCAGUCGAAGAACUCUAUCCGAGACAGAUUAUUUUCCAAACUUCUACAACAAAUCAUCCCCACCGACGACGAGGAUGAUGGGACCGAGGACAGGUCCUUUGUGGCAUCUCCCAAGCGGCCACCCUUCAGCCUGCCGACGAUGUCUAACAACUUCCGCCGGUUUAAUGCCAGAAUCGGCGUAGUGUUUCUCUUCCAGACUCGAGUUGAACGUCUGCUCAGUUGGGAAACACCUACCCACACUAUUUCUUUUUUAUUUGUCUAUUCUUUCAUCUGCUUGGAUCCCCAUCUGGUCCUCAUUCUACCCCUGGUGGUUCUUCUUCUGUUUAUCAUGGUGCCGGCGUUUAUAACUCGCCAUCCUCCACCACCUUCUACAUCCACCUCUAGUAUCAUUCCAUACUACUCCUACGAAGGACCGGCACUAGCUCCAGCAAAGACGAUAAAGCCAGCCUCGGAGACCUCGAAGGAUUUCUUCCGCAACAUGCGAGAUCUCCAGAAUGUCAUGGCAGACUUCUCAGAUGCUCAUGAUGCAGUCAUCGGCAUAGUUGCCCCACUGACGAAUUUUUCCAACGAAAAGCUAUCCUCGACCAUCUUCCUUGGAGGUACAGUUGCUACAGCGGUGAUGUUCCUCAUGGCGCAUCUUUUGCCUCUGAAGUUGAUCAUGCUUGCUAGUGGGAAUGCGGCUGUUCUAUCCAUCAAUCCCAAAGUGCAGAGUUUUGUCAAGGGUUUAAUGGAGGAUGUGGGUGGUGGGUUAUCGGACUUGGACUCGACAGCUGGCGACGAUGAGGAGGGCGGAUUUGGAGCCGCAAUCCCCAAGGACCCCUCCGUAGCAAUGUCUGCAUUGGAGCAGUUGGCAGAAAUAUCACUUGACACCGACCCUGAAGAGCGCGAAGUUGAGAUCUUCGAGCUCCAACAUCGAGCGUCGGGGACUUCAGAGUCUGGGUGGGAGAAUUUCCUUUUCAGCCCGCAGCCAUAUGACCCUUUGUCGCCCUCACGCAUCGCUGGAGACCGGCCUCGUGGAUGCCGAUUCUUUGAUGACGUACAGGCUCCGUCUGGUUGGAGAUGGAAGAGCAAGAAGUGGGAGCUCGACUUGGACUGUCGAGAGUGGGUCGUCGAGCGUAUGAUUACGGGUGUUGGAUUUGAGCUCCCCGGGGUUACCCCCGAUGGCCAUGCCAUCAUUGACCAAGUCGGUGGCUGGGUGUGGGAUCUCCCCUCCUCUGAGCAAUCUGUUACACGAGAAGAAGAUGACGAGGAAGUGACUCCGAUGGCGUACGGUGAUCUGGAUAUGUCGACCCCUACGUCCAAAUCAAAAGGUGCCUCGCCGCCCAAGGGCAAGCAGCGGGCAAAGGCGCCUGGAGAUUGGGAGGAAGCAGCCUCUGCUUCCUUUGGAGUAGGAGAAUGGCGACGCCGGCGGUGGGUGCGAAUUGUGCAGCGCAAGAAUGUCCCACCAGCGGGAACUGUCACUGUUACAUAUUCGACGCUGGGCCAGAAUUGA